ACCAAAAUAAAAAACCCUCCUCUUGCGACGAGCGAGAGACGACAAGUUAAUUUUUCCUUCAUUUAUUUUCUUUUCCAGACAAACCACAAAGUUUCAAAGUUUAUAAUUCGACAAAAAAUAAAAGGCGAAUUUAAUAAAAAAAACCCUUAAACAUAAAUCCUGAAGCAAAAAAAAUAAUAAUUGAUAUUAAAUUCUAAAAAUAUAAAAGUAGUUUCACUCGUAAUGUCAUUUUUAUAGAAAAGAAAAAUGUCUGAUUGCGAUUUGCGAAUUGAUUUUCGUAUAAGAAUUAAUUUUUCUACAAAAAUAACCAAUUCAUAGAUCACUGUGAACAAGAAGGAACAAGUUAUUGUUUUCAUUAUCAACAAAAGAAAAACGUUUCUUAGGUUGUCUCGUAGGGAAUUAUCAAGGAAAUAAAUUGUAUAUUUGUAGAGCAACUGCGAAAGAGCAGAACGUAUAAGAAAUGGACAAGGAAACGAGUCCAAGCAGGACAAGCAAGAGGCGUAAAUCUGAUGAAACUGAAGAAAAUGAUAAUGUAGCAUUGCCAAGCACUUCAACUCAAUUACAAAACGAAAAUGCCAACUUAUCGGAUAAUUUGAAACCUUCUUGUAAUGAUGAACUUGAUAAAGCAAUCGUUGAUAGCAUCAUAAAUGUGGGGGAAAGAGCUGAACCAGAAGUCGAUGUGGACGUCGACGUCGAUGCGGAUGCCGAUGCCGAUGUGGACGUAACCAGUCCAACAUCACCGCCAUCGUUGCCAAGAGAUGGAGGUGAAGCCGAUUCGGACUUUUUGCCUGGUGCUGCUGAAGUCCGGUUUCGUACACGUGGCCGUCGUCUAGCCGCAAUUAGACCCAGAAAUUACAGAAGUCGCAUGAUAACGUCGUCUUCGUCUUCCUCAUUGGACUCUCUGACAGAAGUGGUUGUGCGUGAGCCAACACGUCGGCCACACUCCCGACCACCUUCAGAACCUAAUGAAGCAUCCAGUGAAUCUGAUCUGGUUCACACAAGUGCUCCUGAGUUCUCUCUGGAUUCUUCAAUAACAAGCGAUUCCGAUACCAAUAAUUAUGAGGAUUUUGCAAGUAGCAAUGACGAAGCAGGUGCCGGGGACGAAGUAGACGAUCAGGCUUUCAAUGAGAUUAUGAAUAAACCAAAACCGAAUUACACCUGGAAUGUGACAUCGCAAGUCAUGCACCGAGAACAUGGACUUUUAGGCAAUGGUCGUCGAUCACUCCACGGCGGUCUAUCAAAUACGUUUCAAUCACGUUUCUAUGGUUCAAGACAUGUCGUAGAAAAGAUGAAACUUUUACACUCUAUGCAUAAACACAGUGGAUGUGUGAAUUGCUUGAAUUUCAAUAGAUCAGGAAAUUUACUUUGCACUGGGUCCGAUGAUAUGAGAGUUAUUGUCUGGGAUUGGGCGAUGAACAAGACAAAGUUCCAAUACAAAUCUGGUCAUCAAGCGAAUAUUUUCCAAACAAAAUUCAUCGAAAUGAACGGUUGUAUGGAUAUCGUAUCGACAAGUCGUGAUGGUCAAGUACGUGCUGCUUCCAUUCCACCAAGUGGCGGUAAAAUUCGAACUCGAGCGUUGUACAAACACAGCUCGGCGGUUCAUAAAUUAGUUUUAUGUCCACAAAAUCCAUUUGUAAUUUUGAGUGCCGGAGAAGAUGGCAAAAUUGUGUGCUGUGAUCUACGUAAAUCACCAGUGAAUCGUCUCAAGACCGUGAAAGAGGAUAGGAAAAAAGUACCCCUCUACAGUAUAGCUCACCAUCCCUUCGAUCCGGAGAUUUGUGUUUGUGGUAAUGAUAGUUACGUUAGGGUCUAUGAUAAGCGGAACAUGAGUAAAACUCUUCACAAAAUGUGUCCUCAAAGAAUAGACGAUCAAACUAUUACGCCACAUAUAACAUGCUGUGUUUACAAUAAUAAUGGAUCUGAGAUUUUGGCUUCGUAUAGCGAUGACGAUAUAUACUUGUUCAAUAGCAAGGUGUAUACUGCUGGACAAUUUGAACAUCGUUAUAGGGGCCAUUACAACCAUAAGACUAUCAAAGGAGUUAAUUUCUUUGGACCAAAUUCAGAGUAUGUGAUCAGUGGCAGUGAUUGUGGUAAUAUAUUCUUCUGGGAUAAAAACACAGAGUCCAUUUUGAACUUCAUGGAAGGUGAUAAUUCUGGAGUGGUCAAUUGCUUGGAACCACAUCCUACAAUACCGGUACUAGCUACAUCUGGACUGGAUUGGAAUAUUAAAAUAUGGGCACCCAAUAGUGAAAUCUAUCCCCCCGUUAUGACAAAACUUGAUAAGUGUGUUAAGAAAAAUCUCAAACGAUCUGUGGUGGAGGAGAUUGAUGGAUUCGAUGAUCGUCAAUUUUAUUAUUUCGUUCGUCAAUUUUUACGUAAUUCACGACCAAGUGAUAAUCAAGAUAAUGCAGGAACUGAUCCUGAUGCAGCCACUGUACGUACUAGUAGCUCAGAGUCUGAUGAAGAUGAAUAUAAUUUUUCCAACGAUCAGAUGGCCCGUGUUUUUCAACCUUCGUGUCAUCCUCAAUAAAAAUGCUUCCUGGCGUGUAUGUGAAUAGCAGGAAUAACUUAUAAAUAAUAUUAUAUUUGUUCUGUUCAGUACUUAUGUUAUUCGUUAAAUGAAAUGGAAACUUUAAAUAAUUUAGUUAAUUAAAUGGUUUUUUUUUAUUUCUAUAGGCCAUGAAUAAUAAUAAAGUAUAUUUUUUGAACUUUUAAUAAGUUUAAUCGAAUGAAUUACUAAUUUUACCCAAGUUCAAAUUAAUAUGAGUGUCAAAGAAAAAUUAAAAAAAAAAAAAGCUUUUUAAAAGAUCCCAAUCAGACCAUAAAGACUUAAAUUAAGACUAACCAAACAGUUUGUUGAUGAAAAUAAGAAAAAUCACUAAAUAAAGCUAAAAAUAUAUUUAAAGCUGGGUUAAGUGAUUUGUUAUUUGGAAAUUAAUUUAUUAAUUUAUCAUUUGUUUUGUUCUUGGGUAAAGUAAUAACAUAAAUGUGAAUGCAAUUUAUAAAAGAGCAAAUAGAUUUGUCAGUUUAUUUUCUUUUAUUCAACUGUAAUUUUAUUAUAAACAAAAGUUUCCUUUCUAGUUAUACAAUACAAACAAAAUAUAUAAAAACAAAUCUGAGAAAGAUAAUUAAUAAUAUGUAAACAAAGAAUUCAUUUUUGUUGUUACCAAAUCAAUCUUAAUCCAUAUUAUGUACAUUUAAAUAAUAAAAUCUUGGAAUAUUAAGAGAAA